GCAUUGCUACUUGCCCUUCUCAAAGCCCACAUGUUGUAUUUUAUGUAAAUCUACAGAUUACCUAUCAUUAUCUAAAUGCAGGCAUCUGAAAACCAGCAGUAAUCCUGCCUCUGAAGUUUAUCAUGAAAGAAGCUUAAAAGAGAACCAAAUUCAGCCUGUGUUGGAACUCUCAGUCCCAGAGGGGUGUGGUUUAUAGCCCUCCGGCCUGCUGCUGGAUUUCAGCUGUGAUCCACAGAAGGACGCCAGAAACUACUCAAGACAUUCACGGUGCCCCAGUCAGCACUAGCCAUGACGAAGACUUCUACAUGCAUAUACCACCUCCUUGUUCUGAGCUGGUAUACUUUCCUCAAUUAUUACAUCUCACAGGAAGGAAAAGACGAGGUGAAAUCCAAAAUCUUGGCAAAUGGUGCAAGGUGGAAAUAUAUGACGCUGCUUAAUCUGCUCAAGAACAGGACUGCUGGGUUUGACAUCUACCAGCCAGGAAGCUUUAGGCAGCUCUUGCAGACCAUUUUCUACGGGGUCACCUGCCUGGAUGAUGUGCUGAAAAGAACCAAAGGGAGAAAAGACAUUAAGUUCCUAACUGCCUUCAGAGACCUGCUUUUCACCACACUGGCUUUUCCUGUAUCCACAUUUGUAUUUUUGGCAUUCUGGGUCCUCUUUCUCUACAAUCGAGAUCUCAUUUACCCCAAGGUCCUAGACACUGUCAUCCCAGUGUGGCUGAAUCAUGCAAUGCACACUUUCAUAUUCCCCAUCACAUUGGCUGAAGUCGUCCUCAGGCCUCACUCCUAUCCAUCAAAGAAGACGGGACUCACCUUGCUGGCUGCUGCCAGCAUUGCUUACAUCAGCCGCAUCCUAUGGCUCUACUUUGAGACGGCUACCUGGGUGUAUCCUGUGUUUGCCAAACUCAGCCCCGUGGGUCUAGCAGCUUUCUUCUCUCUCAGCUACGUCUUCAUCACCAGUAUCUACCUACUUGGAGAGAAGCUCAACCACUGGAAAUGGGGUGACAUGAGGCAGCCACGGAAGAAGAGGAAGUGACUGCACACCAUUUUCCAAGAACUAAGAAGGAAGAAAACACAAGAGAUUUUUCUCUUCUUUUUUUUUUUCUGGUGGAGGGAGGUGGUGGAGCAACAUAGGCAAGUAGGAGGGACAGAGAGUGAUACUUAAAUUUAAUAAGAGGUUCGUGAAGGUAGCUUAACUUGAGAACUCUUGGUUUUUUGAAAGAUUGACUCCACAUGCCAAAAACAACUCCUGCCAUCUCAGAAUUAAUUACCUUUGACCUUCAUGGAGGAUGGUCUCUGGUUAAAAUCUGGCCAAAGAAACUUAUAUAAACUUGGUGUUAGAGAACAUCUAGAGAGAGAGAGGAACUUAGAGUCAUUUAAACUCUUCAGUUUACAGAGAAGGAUGCUGAGGACCUAGAUGAGAAGUUACCUGCACAAGGCAAAAGGGUUACUUAGUGUCAGAACCAAGGCAAUAACUUCUCUCUCUCAGAUCUCCUGGCUACCAGUCCUGGGCCAUUUUUUUUUUUUUAAUAAUCCCAACUUUUCUUUAAAAAACAAGCAUUUCGGUAAGCUAGUUAUUUUCAUGGAUUGCUCAUCCAUUUUUUUCAGUGAUCUAAAAAUGUAGGGAGAUGGCUACUACUGAAGUUGUCUGUCCACUUGGGAUAACAGCAAAUUAAUUGAAGACAAUGGGAAAGUAAGUUAUAAAAAAUACUAAGAAAUCUGUUUCUCUUCUGAGCAAGCAUUCAGGGCAGGUAUAAACAUCAAACAUAGUGACAUUGUCAAAACCUCUUCCAUUUGAACAUUGAUUAAUUCAUCAAAUAAAUGGUAUAUUAAUACAUUUUACUUGCAGAAGAA